AGGCGCGUCUAGCAUGCAAUUGCAUCUGCAAGUUCCGUCUUAGAUUCACGAACUCCAUAGCUAAGCCGGAAUUGCGAUCGUCCCGAGCCCCUCGUCGUUGAGAUAUUUCUCUCUGUAUUGGACGGAACUGUACGUCAGCAUAAUUCUGGUCCGCCAUGGCUCCGCCUGCUCAGUCUCACCGGACUCCGUCGCCGUCUCAACCAUCGGGAAAAAGCGAAGUAACUGAUCUGAAAUCACAGCUCCGGCAGCUUGCUGGAAGUAGAGCACCAGGUGUUGAAGAUUCUAAGAGGGAGCUUUUCAAGAAAGUGAUAUCUUACAUGACUAUUGGGAUCGAUGUAUCGUCUCUCUUUGGAGAGAUGGUGAUGUGCUCUGCUACAUCCGACAUUGUCCUCAAGAAAAUGUGCUAUCUAUAUGUUGGCAAUUAUGCCAAGGUCAAUCCUGAUCUUGCCCUGCUAACGAUUAAUUUCCUUCAGAGAGAUUGCAAGGACGAGGACCCAAUGAUUAGAGGGCUUGCAUUGAGGAGCUUAUGUUCACUCCGUGUUGCAAAUCUAGUCGAGUAUCUAGUGGGGCCAUUGGGGUCUGGCUUGAAGGAUAGCAAUAGUUACGUGAGAAUGGUGGCAGUUACAGGGGUUUUAAAACUAUAUCAUAUAUCUGCUUCAACAUGCAUAGAUGCUGAUUUUCCAUCAACAUUGAAGCAUUUGAUGCUUAAUGAUCGAGAUACUCAGGUAGUUGCAAAUUGUUUAUCUGCUCUACAAGAGAUUUUGACCUCAGAGGCCAGCUCCUUGGAAGAAGCAUCUAGGGAAAGAGAGGCUUUGCUUAGUAAGCCAGUUGUGUAUUAUCUUCUGAACCGGAUCAAGGAAUUUAAUGAAUGGGCACAGUGUCUCCUACUUGAAUUGGUUGCCAAAUAUGUACCGUCAGAUAGCAAUGAGAUUUUUGACAUCAUGAAUCUCCUUGAGGAUAGACUUCAGCAUGCUAAUGGUGCUGUUGUAUUGGCAACCACCAAAGUUUUUCUACAUUUGACUUUAUCCAUGACUGAUGUUCAUCAGCAGGUCUAUGAACGGAUUAAAGCCCCUCUCUUAACCUUGGUGAGCUCAGGAAGCCCAGAACAAUCUUAUGCAGUUCUCAGCCACCUCCAUCUCCUGGUGAUGCGUGCUCCAUAUAUAUUUUCCUCAGACUAUAAAUACUUCUAUUGUCAGUACAACGAGCCAUCUUAUGUCAAAAAAUUGAAGCUCGAAAUGUUGACUGCAGUGGCAAAUGAGAGCAACACUUAUGAAAUUGUGACGGAAUUAUGUGAAUAUGUUGCAAACGUUGAUAUUCCCAUAGCAAGAGAGUCAAUACGUGCUGUUGGGAAAAUAGCACUGCAGCAGUAUGAUGUGAAUGCAAUUGUGGAUCGACUUCUGCAGUUUUUGGAGAUGGAAAAGGACUAUGUGACUGCUGAAGCUCUGGUGCUUGUUAAAGAUCUUUUGAGAAAAUAUCCACAAUGGAGUCAGGAUUGCAUUGCUGUUGUCGGCAGCAUCAGCAGUAAAAAUAUUCAAGAACCAAAGGCCAAAGCAGCUCUUAUCUGGAUGUUGGGGGAGUAUUCGCAGGACAUGCAUGAUGCCCCAUAUAUUCUAGAGAGUUUAAUUGAGAACUGGGACGACGAGCCUUCUGCUGAGGUUCGCCUACAUCUUCUCACUGCAGUGAUGAAGUGUUUCUUCAAAAGGCCUCCUGAAACUCAAAAGGCCUUGGGAGCUGCACUGGCAGCAGGUCUUGCUGACUUUCACCAGGACGUGCAUGAUCGAGCGCUUUUCUACUACAGGCUUUUGCAAUAUAAUGUUUCUGUAGCUGAACGUAUCGUCAAUCCUCCAAAGCAAGGGGUUUCUGUCUUUGCCGAUACACAAAGCAGUGAAGUCAAGGAUCGAAUAUUUGACGAAUUUAAUAGUUUGUCUGUUAUUUACCAGAAGCCAUCUUACAUGUUCACCGACAAGGAACACCGAGGUCCAUUUGAUUUCUCAGACGAACUUGGGAAUUUAUCUAUUGGUUCGGAGUCCGCUGAUACUGUCGUUCCAGCUCAGCGAGUUGAGGCAAAUGAUAAGGAUCUACUUCUAAGCACCUCAGAGGAAGAGGAAACUAGAGUUGUUGCUAACAAUGGUUCUGCAUACAGUGCUCCUUCAUAUGAAGGUUGUGCUGGAUCUCUCGUUCCUCAAGCGCCAUUAGAGUUUGCAGUCUCGAAUCCUUCCAUGCCAGGGCAUGCACCUCAGUCGAGCUCUCCAAUGGAUGAUCUACUCGGUCUAGGUCUACCAACAGUUUCCGCACCCGCGCCUUCUCCGCCUCCUUUGAAGCUAAACUCAAAAGCUGUUUUAGAUCCGGGGACUUUUCAGCAGAAAUGGCGCCAGCUGCCUAUAUCUAUAUCACAGGAAUAUGGUGUAUGCCCCCGAGGAGUUGCGGCUCUAACAUCGCCUCAAGUCCUCCUCCGACAUAUGCUAAGCCAUUCCAUUCAUUGCAUUGCAUCGGGUGGCCAGGCACCAAACUUCAAGUUUUUCUUCUUCGGACAAAAACAAGAACAACCAUCCAACUUUCUGGUUGAGUGUAUAAUCAACACAGCAUCUGCUAAAGCGCAGAUAAAGGUCAAAGCCGAUGAUCAAAGCGCAUCGCAAGCUUUCUCAUCUUUGUUCCAAUCAGCUCUGGCCAACUUCGGUACGCCAUGAGUCUUCAGUAUUAAGUUUCGCACGUUAAAAGUCCCUCGAUCGAGUCACCUGCAUCAGCACGGGAACGGAAGGAUGAAGAUAAAAGAAAGAGCAUUGGUUGUAUGUAGUAUAGGUGAGUGUAAAAUGGGAUUGAAGACGCUCUCAUUUCUGUUCCCUACUCGGGGCUUGCCAGUUGCUUAGGAUUUUGCUCGAAUCCCGUUGUGUUAUAGAAACUGCGCCACUGUAAAAACUUCUGUGAAUUUUCUUCCAGUCUUGUAGUUAGUUUCCUGUUCUUCCCAUCUCUGUCUGCUUGUUAAUUUUGUUUAAGAAAUUCUAUGGUCUUUUAUGUGAGACUGUUUAUCGGCUUAUGCAGAGAAAUAAUAUCCACGUUCCUGGGCCAUUCUUGUACUA